GAUGAAGAUUCAACUGCGGGAGCAAGCUGGAUGGGAGACAACACAUUAGAUACCUCACAAGACAACAUGGCUGACCAGAGUUCAGAGAAACAGCCAGAGGAUGUAAAACCUCGGCUAUGCAAACCUACAACACACCAGUUUGCAUGCAGUCAUUGCUCAGAGAAGUUUAAAACUUUUGGAGCUAUUGAAAGACAUAUUAAUGCUGCUCAUAUCAAAUCAACACAUGAUGCUUAGAAGAGUCUGGAAAUGAAUCCAAUGCAACAAAAAGUCACGAAAAGGACACAAAUCAGGAACUCAGCAGAUGACCAUAAGUUGGAUAGAUAUAUUUUAAUUAAAUAUCUUAACAAAGAACCAGUCAGCAUUAAUAUAACUCCUAAAAAAUGGCCUGAGGAUGUCAAACAUAAGCUUUACAAACCAUUCACAAACCAAUUUACAUGCAGUCAUUGCUUUGAGCAGUUUCCAACUUUUGGAGCCAUUAAAAGACACAUAAGUGUUCAUACCAAAUCACCAAAUGAAGCUAUGAAAGAGCCUGAAGAUGAGUCCAGCGAGAAAGACACAGCAAAGGGUCAUGAAAAGGAGACAAAACUGGAAAGCUCUGGGAACUCAGUAGAUGAUCAUGAAAUAGAUAAAGGUAAAAAGCACCAGUGUAAAUUAUGUAACAAAACGUUUGGUUUUGCAAGUAGUGCCAGUAGACAUAAAAAGACUGCUCACCAAGGGACGCGUUAUCAUUGUACAAAAUGUGGCAACCAAUAUUCCAGACAAGAUGGGUUAAUAAGACAUAUGAGAAGAGAACACCUGAGUAAACAUUGACUAUGAAACUGGUUAAUAAACAUGUUAAAAGAGGAAUAUGUUGGAAUAUAAAACAAUGAAAUAUAGACAUGCUGAAAUUGGACCAGUAAACCAGUAAAUGUUGAAAUAAGGGAAUUGUUGAAAUAGUGACACAUUGAACUAAAGAACGUAUUAAAAGAAUAGGCCUACUUGCUGAAAAACAUGGCAUCCAUGUUAAAAUGAGAAAAGUGAUGAAACAGGAAAUGUUGGAAUUUUGAUAUUGGAGACACAUUGAAAUCAGGACACAUUGAGAUUUUUAUUUCUGAUAUGAAAAGAAAGUCACCAAGAAUGAAGGAAUACCCUGAGUCACUCAUAUAAAAGGCUUUUACACAAAAAUCAAAAAAGUCAAUUUUACAUCUUAGCCAUUAUAGCAUUCUAUAAG